GCUACUUUUAUUUUGAAAAAUCGGCAAAGAAGUUGAAUCGGAAACAAGGGGACUUAGCACGUACCAACUUGCUAGCCUUUCCCCUCACAUAUCACGUUGGUUAACAUGAGAUGCAACCGUAGUGGAACAACAGAGCCUAAGUGUGGAUCAACGGAUAAACUUGUUUGUUUAGACUUCCGUGAUGUUUCAUACCAGACUUCUCUCAUAUUAGCCACGUAUGCUAAAGGAAGUUAGCCUAGCUCGUUUGCUGGAAAAAGACGCGGGCGAAACUCACUCACCACUCAGUGCUAGUUGCAGUAACCUCUAUUGAGACCAACCUGUAUAUUUAAUGGAGCCAAAAUGUCCAAAUGAACAUGUCUGACUGGUCUUUGUGCUACCCCCUUUACCUGAAAACGUUUGAAUUACCCCCUGGUUUCCUCCGAAGCUAACGGACCUAGCUUAGCCACCUGGAAGCAGACGGUCGUGAAUCUCAGCAACAGCGCGCAUCAGAGCAAUAAGACUGUUUUGACUGGAAUGCGUUCGAGGGAAACGCUGCUGUGGUGUUUUGAAAAUUUGUAAAAAUGUCUGAAGUUCAAACGCUGAGAGCUUUUGUCAACCAGCGACUGACUGCAGCUGCUGAAGAGAUUUUCGAGCUGUUUGAGAGAACGAUAGCGGAGUACGAAGAGGAAUUUUGUCGGCAGCGCAAACUGCUGGACGCUGUUUUCCAGCCUGAAGUGCGCUUACACAGAGAGGACAUCCAGAAGCUGUUGGUGAGCAAAGAGCAGGUUCUGCCUGAGCAGCAGGACAGGAUCUCAAGUCUGGACCAAGAGGAGCCACUAGAGCUGCCAUGCGUUAAAGAGGAACAGGAGGAGAUCUUGACUAGUCUGGAGGAAGAGCAGCUUCAAGGACUGGAGGAAGCCGAUAUCACCAAGUUCACAUUCACUCCAGUGAAGAGUGAAGAAGAUGAUGAAGAGAAGCCUCAGUCCUCACUGCUUCAUAAGAAACAAACUGGACAGAUGAAAACAGAAGCUGAUGGAGAGGACUGUGGAGGACAAGAACCAGCCAGGAGCUCAGAUCCAGAUAGACACCUACAACCUGAUACUCAUGACAAGAUUUCACUUUCCUCUGAGACUCAAACUGAUGACAGUUAUGAUUCGGAGGAGGAGACCAGAAAACCUCAGUCAGGUUUAAACCCUCUGCCGAACAGUGAAGCACCUGUAAGUGAUAUGGAAAGUAAUGCUGGAAAAACACCAUUCAGCCCCUCUGAAUGUGCUACAGACUUUGGCCAAAAGGGACGUCAGGAGGAACACAAACGAAUCCAAACAGGAAUGAGAUUUAGUAGCUCAGGUUCUAGUAAAAGAUACACCUACAAGGAGUCCUUAACAGCUCGCGUGAGACUUCAUUCAGAGGGAACAUUUUUCAGCUGCACAGUCUGUAAGAAAACGUUUCACCAGAAAAGAAAUCUUGUGAAGCAUAUGAGAAUCCACACGAGGGAGAAACCGUUCAGUUGUUUUGUAUGUGGCACAAGAUUUGGACAAAGUUCCACUUUGACCACACACUUAAGAGUUCACGCAGGAGAAAAACCUUUAACAUGCUCAGUUUGUAAGAUAAGUUUUGGUGACACUGGCACUUUGUCGAAGCAUGAGAAAAUCCAUAAGGGGGAGAAACCAUUUCGUUGCUCAGUUUGUAGUAAAACGUUUGUACAAAAGGGACAUCUGAGACAACACUUGAUUGUCCACACAGGAGAGAAACCAUUUAGUUGUUCAAUUUGUAAAAAAACCUUUCAGUGGAGGGGCAAUGUUGUCAGGCAUAUGAGAAUCCACACAGGAGAGAAACCCUUCAGUUGUUCUGUCUGUGGGAAAGAAUUUGCACAAAGCUCAACUCUGACCACACACUUAAGAGUUCAUACAGGAGAAAAACCUUUCACAUGCUCAGUUUGCAAAGCAAGUUUCAGUCUCAGGAGCAGUUUGUACAAACACAGCAGAACCCACACCGGGGAGAAACCGUUUAGUUGCUCAGUUUGUGGUAAAACCUUUGGAGAUAAAGCAAACCUGAGACGACACUCCAAUGUCCACACGGGCAAGAAGCAGUUCAGCUGCAACAUUUGUGAGAAGCAGUUCACUCAGUUCACUAAUUUGAAAAAACACAAGUGUGUUGGUGAGAGCAGCAGAAGUUAAUAAAGUUAAUAAAGCUGCAGGGAUGCUUAUUUGGUGAAAUUCUUUCUCUCUGAAUGAAGUGCUGAGAACAAGACUUGACUCAACACCGAUCAGUUCCAAACUCUGAUACAGUUCCAGGACAAGUCUUUUCAGCUAAGACAAACAAAACUGCGUCAGAUUAUCUUGUUGGUUUCUUGGAACUGUGCUUUUGGAGCACAGUUGUGCUCUGACUGACUCCAACAGGGACUUGGAUUACUCCCAUGAUGCUGCCUAUCAAUGGAUCAAUCACUUUAUCAGAGCACUGGUCAAUAGUCGGUGCCCAAACAGAAGAGGAUCAUCUCUUUAACAUGGAGAACAGAUGGAAGAAGGUAAAUGCUGCUUGUUUCACUGUUUCUCCAUCACAGCAGAACAUCAGUGUGGUGAACCUGGCUGCAUCCUGAAGCAAAGUUUUCAGAAGAGAGUCUCACCCUGAACAAGGAGCCCCAGGGUGAGCAGCAGUAGGAUCAGGGACAUCAUCAUUGUGCUGCCGGCAGGUCAGUGGCUCUGAAAGGCCUGGACAGCCACUGAUCAACACUGGCCUCUUAACGGCUGGGAGCACAGAGGCAGGACACAUAUGCAAACACACAGAGUCAGUGGACUGUAGCUGUCCUCAACAUGUCCUGCUGUUUAAAGCAUUCUCAUGGAGAUUAACGCAAGCUAACAGUACAGAGAGAAUCACUCAUUCACUCUGAAGCACUUUAGUGCAGCUUUGGUUGUUGUUAUUUUCACCAGCAGAGACUGAUGGUGUCAUCUGGUGAUCAAACUUUACAGUACAGCGAGACGUUUUCACUUUAAGACACUGACACUAUGGUACUGAAACCUGUCUGUUGUCACGGUUCAGCACUGAUACCCGCCUGUUGCCAUGGUUACUCAGCUCAGAGGCAGAAAUGAAAACAGUUUCACUGAGAAAGACCCACAGAGCCAACAGCCUCCUCAUUUUCACUGCUUUAGUCAGACUCAGUGACUUUUUGUCCAAAUGUGUCUCAGCAUCAGAGGACAACAGCCUGUCUACCUGCAUAUGUUGCACCUGUUUUCAUUUGGAAAAACACAAACACUGUGCUUUUUUAUUUGGAAGUUUGUAACAAAAAGUUUGUCCUGCGUCUAAAGGUCAAGGUUGUUUUAUUUGGCGUCUGUCUAUUUUCUUUUUGUGUAAUAAACUGCAGUUCAUUUCCAGUUUAA